GCGUAGCUGGGAUUGAAGGGAGGAACUUACGGCAGCGAAAGUGUCCCGCUCCGAAUAGCUCCACUCAUCCCUGCACCUGUGUCUUGGUGCACUCCCUCUGCUGCGGGACCCAGCGCGACCUCCCAGGAAGACCUUGACAAGCCCCAGCCCAGGCACGCAGCCCACUGCUGGGCCGAAGAGGAUCCGUUCAGCCCAGCGGAAGAGUGGCUAAAGGGAAGGUUCAGCUGCCCAGAGCCAGCCGCUGGCCGACCGCACUUAGGAGUGCUCACCGCAGUAACACGAGAGUCCCAGCUGGAAGGCAAUAGGCAGGAAAUCUGUUUCUGGCUGGACUCAGUCACUUCAGACUGCAGGAGGGUUGUAGCAGAGGGGGAUGUUUCUCAACACAAGUCAGCACAAAAAGUCCCUGCACCGAGACAUCUAACAGGAUAUAUUUGGGGAGUCAAGGCUGAGAGAGAAACAUCUGAAGUAUCACUGGAAAAUGCUGAGGAGCAGCUGCAGGAGCAGAAACUGAGGAGUCAAGAUGGAGAAAAAAGUAAAGGAGAGACAAACUCACACAGGAGACAAACCUUAUAAAUGCUUGGAGUGUGGAAAGAACUUCAGAUGGAGUAGCACCCUUACUUUGCAUCAAAGAUCUCAUACAGGGGACAAACCUCACAAUUGCUUGGAGUGUGGAAAGAGCUUCAGUCGGAGUAGCACUCUUAGUUCUCAUCAAAGAAUUCACACAGGGGACAAACCUUAUAAAUGCUUGGAGUGUGGAAAGAGCUUCAAUUGGAGUAGCACCCUUACUUUGCAUCAAAGAUCUCAUACAGGGGACAAACCUUAUACAUGCUUGGAGUGUGGAAAGAGCUUCUGUCGAAGUAGCACCCUUACUUUGCAUCAAAGAACUCACACAGAGGACAAACCUUAUCAAUGCUUGGAGUGUGGAAAGAGCUUCUGUCAGAGUGGCCAGCUUACUUCGCAUCACAAAACUCACACAGGAGACAAACCUUAUAAAUGCUUUGUAUGUGGAAAAAGCUUCAGAUGGAGUAGUGCCCUUACGGUGCAUCAAAGAAGUCACACAGGGGACAAACCUUAUCAAUGUUUGGAGUGUGGAAAGAGGUUCAGUCAGAGUGGCCAGCUUACUUCGCAUCACAAAACUCACACAGGGGACAAACCUUAUAAAUGCUUCGAGUGUGGAAAAAGCUUCAGAUGGCGUAGUGCCCUUACAAUACAUCAAAGAACUCACACAGGGGACAAACCUUAUAAAUGCUUGGAGUGUGGAAAGAGCUUCAGUGACAGUAGCACCCUUACUUUGCAUCAAAGAACUCACACAGGGGACAAACCUUAUAAAUGCUUCGAGUGUGGAAAGAGCUUCAGUCAGAGUGGCACCCUUAGUAUACAUGAAAGAACUCAUACAGGGGACAAACCGUAUCAAUGCUUGGAGUGUGGAAAGAGCUUCAGUCAGAGUGGCAACCUUAGUAUACAUGAAAGAACUCACACAGGGGACAAACCUUAUAAAUGUUUAGAGUGUGCAAAGAGCUUCAGUCACAGAAGCCACCUUACUUCGCAUCAGAAAACUCAUACAGGGGACAAACCUCAUAAAUGCUUUGAGUGUGGAAAGACCUUCUGUCAGAGGAGCAACUUUACUUCACAUCGAAGAUGUCACACAGGGGACAAACCUUAUAAAUGCUUGGAGUGUGGAAAGUCCUUCCGUCAGAGUGGAACCCUUACUUUGCAUCAAAGAUAUCACACAGGGGACAAACCUUAUAAAUGCUUGGAGUGUGGAAAGAGCUUCAGUCACAGAAGCCACCUUACUUUGCAUCACAAAACUCAUACAGGGGAGAAACCUCAUAAAUGUUGUGAGUGUGGAAAGACCUUCAGUCACAGUAGCACCCUUACUUCGCAUCGAAGAACUCACACAGGGGAAAAACCUUAUAAAUGCUUGGAGUGUGGAAAGAGCUUCAGUCGGAGUAGCACCCUUACUUCGCAUCAAAGAAUUCACACAGGGGACAAACCUUAUAAAUGCUUGGAGUGUGGAAAGAUCUUCAGUUGGAGUAGCAACCUUACUUCGCAUCAAAGAUAUCACACAGGAGACAAACCUUAUCAAUGCUUGGAGUGUGGAAAGAGCUUCUGUCAGAGUGGCCAACUUACUUCACAUCACAAAACUCACACAGGGGACAAAUCUUAUAAAUGCUUGGAGUGUGGAAAAAGCUUUAGAUGGAGUAGCGCCCUUAUGAUGCAUCAAAGAACUCACACAGGGGACAAACCUUAUACAUGCUUGGAGUGUGGAAAGAGCUUCAGUGACAGUAGCACCCUUACUUUCCAUCGAACAACUCACACAGGGGAGAAACCUUAUAAAUGCUUGGAGUGUGGAAAGAGCUUUAGUCAGAGUGGCCACCUUACUUUGCAUCAAAGAACACAUACAGGGAAGAAACCUUAUACAUGCUUGUAGUGUUGAAAGACCUUUCAUCAGAAUGAUUAACUUCAGGCACAUCAAAGGAUCCGUUGAAGGGAAGAGUUGUAUAGAUGCUUUGAAUGUGGAAAAAACUUUAAGCAGAGUUCAACUCUUUCUGUGUAUGAAAAGAUCCAUACAGGGAAGCCGGGCCAGAAACAGGAUUUUUAUGGGGAGUUUCAGACCCCCAACAAUCUUCUUCUCUUAGCUUAACCACAGACUGUUCCACUUCCUUUUCACCUGCUAGUUUGGUGGCCUGUCAGUUUUUCCUGUGCAGAGGUUUUUGCUUUUCCAGAGAUGGGUGAGCAUCCAAGAUGGGUGCUGAGGCCAAGGUGCCUGCAGAAGCCAAGAUUGCCUAUCUGUUGUCCAGUUGGCAGUGGUGUAAUGUGCUGUGUGUUGCUAGAGGAUCCUGACUAACCCGCCUGAGUAGUAGCCCAAGAGAAGAGACCGGCACACAGGCCUUUUAGUCUUAAGAGUCUUUUACUGACAUUAAAGGUUAAUAUAGAAGAGAAUACUUUCCUAACUCUAAUAACACCCCCACACACACCAAGCAGUUUCGGUUUCAAGGCUUUAUAGACAACAGAAGCUCUGUGCCACCUGCACAUCUGUCCUUGAGCUUUCUGCAAGCCUUAACCCUUCCUUGGCAUUCCUGACUGUCUUUGUGGAAAACCAGACCACUAGACUUUCCAGCAGCCUACAGUUUUCCCCAUCAUAUCCCCCCUCUGGCAGUGACUGUGGAUCUGAUUUUACUGGACAGGUGUUUAAAAUGAGUGGUCAGAUGCUGUACCACUUGCCCUUCUUCACAUCCAAAGUACUGCUUGUUGUUAUGUGAAAUAACUUUGUACCUAAAUAAUAAAGCAGAGUUUAACAGUG